CACAGAAGGGAAGGGUCAGGUCUACAGAGAUCUUAUGAUGCCCUUCACUAAACUAGUUCCACAUCUAACGUAAGAACUCGUAGCCACCGCUUUUCUCCUGAUCUGACUGGAAGGCUUCAGAGAUCCCUUCAAAAAAGGGAGAGAAGCAGGCCAAGAGAAUAACAAACGGAGACAGGCAGAAACAAACAGGAGUUGCCAGUGACAAGGAGGGAAAGAGAGAAAGCAAAAACCUGAAAAGCAGAGAAGGAUAAACCCAGAGGAGGGCAGAAGGAGGCAGAGCAGGAAGAAGGGAUUGGAUUCAACACACAAGAAACCUGCCCCUUCUCCUGGUCAGUGGACUGGUGAGGAUGAACUGAAACAAGAAGACAUCAAGCAGCUUGAAACAUCAAGAGGCCACAGAACCACCCUACGGGCAUGCACAGCCCAGUCAUGAUCUACUUUGUUUUAGGGUGUUUCUUAUGGUUCCCCCAAGUGAGAGGUGAGGAAGGCUGUCUCAACACUGAACUCUGUUCAGGUACAGAGUGGGACCGUUUGUGGUAUAUCUGGCUGGUGGUGGCAAUUGGUGGGCUGCUGCUCCUGUGUGGCCUGGUUUCUGUCUGUGUGAGAUGCUGUUUUCACUGCCAUCAGACAGGGGAGGAAUCAGGUCCUCAGCCCUAUGAGGUCACCGUCAUUGCUUUUGAUCAUGACAGCACCCUCCAGAGCACCAUUACCUCUCUCCAUUCCGUGUUUGGGCCUGCUGCCAGGAGGAUAUUAGCAGUGGCACACUCCCAUAAUGCUGCGCAGGGAACGCCACCCCUCUCCGCAUCAGACACUCCUCCAGUCUAUGAAGAAGCUCUGCAUAUGAGCAGAUUCACAGUUGCCAAGGCGGGACAGAAAGUGCCAGACCUGGAUCCAGUGCCAGAGGAAAAACUGCAGGCAUCUGCCGAGGGCAAGGAUGCCCAGCCAGCCCUCCCAGGACACUAGUGCUUGUUUUUAAUGAAUGGCAAAUAAUACAUAAUAGUUACGUGCAGAGACUAAUUCUUCUGGGCAGGGUUAGGAAUAUUAGAUUAAAUUCUUUAGUCUAAUGAGAAAGGGGGAAAAGAGACUAAACUUCCAAAUAUUUUCAGAUCCAGUAUAUUUUGAUGGCUCCUUUUGACACCUCCUUGAGAUAAUUUGCCAUUGGCAUUCUCCAUGUCCAUUUAUUACAUACACACAUCAGCAGUAUCACAGUUUGCCCAAAUAAGCAGGCUGCAGGAUCUAGGUGCUGAGCUACUUUGCAGGCUGGUGACCUGCAGGGAGAUUGCAGAUGCAGGUGCUGUCUCAUUCUGCUUCCCUCCAGCCUAAGUUUACCAGGUAAGGCAGAAAGGUUUUUAUAACAGGGAAAACAAAGACAUGUGAGAAGCUCUUAAUACCAAAUAAUAAAACCAAACUUCUGGAAAGUGCCAACCAUUUAUAGUAAAUUGAAAAAAAAAAAAAAAGGACCCAUUUAGGAACACAAUCUGCGUGUAAACAAAAGACGGAAUACAUUGGUAGUAUGUGCAGUGUAGUCCCCUAAAUGCCCCACAGGAUACAUAGAAUGAACAGAAUACAGUCUGGUUCUGGAUAUGAUAUAUAUCAAUUCUGAAAUAGUGGUCACAAGCUCUUAUAUUUGAAUUAAAAAAAUAUGUGUGCAAAACCAGAUCAAACAAGGGGAGGAGCAGGAACACUACCUCUGAAAUAAAGCUCAAUCAUAUUUUAGUUACAUUCACAUUGUAUCAUUCAUUAAUUAUUCUUACUGUUGCUGUCAAAAGCAGAUCAAACUAAAUAAGACCAUUUAAAACAUAUAAGCCGUUUCUCAGACGGAAAUAAUUUGUGAGUGUUUCCUGAUCAGUACAAAUAUGUUGAAUCAUCCAGAGAUAUUGAUCAAAUUGUUUGGAUGAACAUAGGUAUGGACCAUCUGCAAAAUGUUUUCUUGGACUAGGUACUCAUGAGAAGGUGGCUGUUGAAUUACAUCAGUAUUGUCUCUACUCCACAUUCAACAACUGAAAACAUGAAAGCAGAAGGAUAUCAAAUAUCAAAUUAUAAGUAGCCAUGAAUCAAUCACAUGUAUAUUAAUGUUAAUGUUGAUAUGAAUUCACAGGUCACAGCUAUCACAUCGUUCUGAAGUGCCUGCAUAGCCCUUCCUACUGCAGUACCCAAAUUCUCACAGUGCCUGAUAUGCUGAUCUUCACAAUGCUCCUGUGAAAUACAUAAGAAUAUGGUUAUUUUGUAGAUAAGGAAAAGAAGGACUAGGUCCCCAAAAGUGUUUAGGAACCUAACUGCUGUUGAGAUUACAGCCACGGAGAAUUUUAGAGGUUGAUAAGAUAGCUUCAAGGCUAGCAUAAAACAGAACUGAACAACCAAAACACCUUUGAUGAUGUCCCGGUCCUUGCUUAGUCACAGGAAUUUUGCAUCCAAGGGAAUUUAAUAAGGGCCUUGACUUCCUAGGUCACAAACUUGUUCCUGAAUUGCCUAGUCAUUACCUAAUUGUACCACUAAUGUGUGAUAAACUGGAAUGGAAUAAAUAAAUUACGUAUAAGGCUA